AUGGCCAUUGCAAAGCAAAGCAUCUGGAGAUUUGCCUUCAAAUGUCUCUUCUUGGCAGUUUUUGUGCUCACCUGUGAUGGACACGGCGGAAAGAGAGAGAAUGGUCCUGCCUGCUACGGGGGAUUCGAUUUGUAUUUCAUUCUAGACAAGUCAGGAAGUGUCCUGCACCACUGGAAUGAAAUCUAUCACUUUGUGGAACACUUGGCUCGCAAGUUCAUCAGCCCUCAGCUGAGGAUGUCCUUCAUUGUUUUUUCAACUAGAGGGACAAUUCUAAUGAGGUUGACAGAAGACAGGGAGCAGAUUCGCCAGGGCCUAGAGGAGCUGCAGAAAGUCCUUCCAGGCGGCGACACCUACAUGCACGAAGGAUUUGAAAGGGCAAGUGAACAGAUUUACUAUGAAAAUGUUCACGGUUACAGAACUGCCAGUGUCAUCAUUGCCUUGACAGACGGAGAACUCCACGAAGACCUGUUUUUCUACUCUGAGAGGGAGGCUAAUCGGUCGCGUGACCUGGGAGCGACAGUGUAUUGUGUUGGUGUGAAAGACUUCAACGAGACUCAGCUGGCUCGGAUUGCUGACAGCAAAGAUCAUGUCUUCCCAGUGAAUGAUGGUUUUGAAGCCCUUCAGGGGAUCAUAGACUCUAUUUUGAAGAAAUCCUGUAUAGAAAUCCUGGCAGCAGAACCUUCCAGCAUAUGUGCAGGAGAGUCCUUCCAGGUCGUGGUGAGGGGCAAUGGAUUUCGCCACGCACGCAACGUGGACCGAGUGCUCUGCAGCUUCAGGAUCAACGACACAGUCACCCUCA